AUGAUUAGUUCUAUUGUGUUUAUUAAUCAUAAGGGAGAAAUCCUUGUUUAUAGAGUCUAUAAGGAUGACAUAACAAGAAGUGAGACUACUCAAUUUUGUGCUAAAGUUGUGGCCACUAAAGAAAAUAAAGAAUGCCCAAUUAUCAAUAUUGAUGGAACGUCAUUUAUCCAUAUUACUAUAAAAGACAUAGUAGUGUUAGCAACAACAAAAGUAAAUGUGAAUGUAGCAAUGACCUUGCAAUUUCUUUAUCAAUUAGUUAAAGUAUGCAGAGCCUAUUUUGGUGGUGAAUUUGAUGAAAAUUGUAUAAAGAAACAUUUUGUGCUUAUCUAUGAACUUCUGGAUGAAGUGAUGGAUUAUGGUGUUCCGUAAAUAGCAGACGCAGAUCUUUUGAAAAAAUACAUUUAAGAAGGAGGAUUAAAGCCAGAGUUGAUGAACGAUGUUGAAAAAUUGAAAUAAUUAACGUCCUAAGCAACAGGAGCCACUUCUUGGAGACCACAAAACAUUGUAUAUAGAAAGAACGAAGUGUAUCUGGAUGUCAUAGAGAGUGUGAAUGUGUUGAUGUCAGUAAAGGGGACAAUCCUGAAGGCAGAUGUGGCUGGAUCGAUUCAGAUGAAAUGCUUAUUGACUGGAAUGCCAGAAUGCAAAUUUGGAAUGAACGAUAAAUUGUUAAUGUAGAGAGAGCCACGUAAACCUGGUCAGACAACAACUGAUAAAGGCAUAACUAUUGAUGAUCUCAAAUUCCAUCAAUGUGUUAAAUUACCAAAAUUUGAUAAGGAAAGAGCUAUUACUUUUAUUCCUCCUGAUGGUCAAUUUGAGUUGAUGACCUAUAGGAUCACUGAGAAUAUUAAUUUGCCUUUCAAAAUCAUGCCAGUGUACAAUGAAUUAGGGAAGAACAAAUUAGAAAUUAGAGUCAAAAUUAAAUCAAUUUUUGAAAAGAAUCUAUUUGGUACAAAUCUAGCUAUAAAAAUUCCAGUGCCCAAGAAUACAGCAAAUGUUAGUACCAAUUCUGCAAUCGGAAAAGCCAAACAUGAGCCAGAAUAAUAAGGAGUUAUUUGGAGGAUAAAGAAAUACCCUGGAGAUUUCGAAGCUUUAUUACGUUGCGAAAUUGAUUUAGGAUCAACGACAAAUUAAUAACCUUGGAUCAAACCACCCAUUUCAAUUGAGUUUUAGGUGCCUAUGUUUACAGCAAGUGGAUUAAGAGUAAGAUUCUUAAGAGUUUAUGAAAAAUCAGGAUACAAACCAACGAAAUGGAUUAGAUAUAUCACAAAGGCUGGGGAGUAUUUACAUAGAUUGUGA